UUGUCGCAUGAUGGCGCAACAUGUUGUCUACUCAAGCACACCGGCAGCUCUUUUAUUACUUGUUUUUGUAAUAUCCAACUUAAUAAGUAUUGAUGCAUUUACAAAAGUGAAACUAUCUGAUAAUUUAAGUGUUAAAUCAGUGGAUGUUUUAAUUAGGAAACAAUCUUAUAUACCAGAGAAUGUGUCUACUAGCUCAGGUUUCUUAAUCGAAGUUCUUGGCACCGGCCUCGAGAAUAACGUUUCAUUACGCUGGUCACGUACAUUUGACAAUUGCGAUUCAGAAAACAAAUUAAGUGCAGUUUGGAUUUCACCGAAUGGCAGUCGUGCGAUAUAUAAGUUUAUUCAAGUUCCUAAUUUUAAGGUUACCACGAUCUAUUUCUGUAAAAAAAUCGUCGGCAGAUUCGGUGAAACAUGGACCAAUCUUGGAAGUAAUUUUACUAUCAAGUUUCCAACACAGUCAGAAAAAUAUUUUCGUAUGCGCCGUGCUAAUUUAUCAGCCACUGUCACUGAUGACCCCAAAAAUCUAUUGACUCAGCAAAUCCAUACAGAUGUGUAUAUUGAGGGUUUGAGAAUAGAGACAUCAGAAAAGGAUCCUAGUUACAGAGAAGAUGGUAUUCCAGAAAUACUUGCAGGGAGCAAAGCAGUUAUAAGAUUAUUUGGUUUUGGUUUCACAGAAGAUACUUUGAUUACUUUCACUGAUGAACCAGCCAAGAGGGGUACUAUUUGUGAUAAAAUUAAAAGUAAUGAAUUUCUUGUAAAAAAUGUACAAAAUAAUACUGCAACUAUUGAUGUAGUAUUACCCCUUGGUUCACCUUUUUACAUAUGUGUAAAACAACCAUUCUAUGGAGAGGAAGGUCCAAACCUUUUACUUUUUAAACAUCAAGGCAUAGAAUCUUGGAAUACUAUAUAUACAUAUGAAAAAUUUUUACCACUUUGGCUUAGUAUUGUAAUUAUUCUCAUGUGUCUUACUUUUUCUGCUUUAUUCUCCGGUUUAAAUUUGGGAUUAAUGGCAAUGGAUAGAACAGAGUUGAAGAUACUUUGUAAUACAGGAACAGAAAAGGAAAAACAAUAUGCAAGAACAAUACAACCAGUGAGAAAUCAUGGGAAUUAUUUGUUAUGUUCAAUUUUAUUCUCAAAUGUUUUGGUGAAUUCAAUCUUUACUAUUCUGUUAGAUGACUUAACUUCUGGAUUAGUUGCUGUUAUUUGUUCUACACUAGCUAUUGUAAUUUUUGGUGAAAUUUCACCACAAGCUAUUUGCAGUAGACAUGGAUUGUGUAUUGGAGCAAAAACUAUUUAUAUUACAAAGUUAACUAUGAUAAUAACAUUUCCAUUGAGCUAUCCUAUUAGUAAACUUUUGGAUGUUCUUCUUGGAGAAGAAAUUGGCAAUGUGUAUAAUCGUGAACGGUUAAAGGAACUUGUGAAGGUGACAACAGGAUAUAAUGAUUUAGAAAAAGAUGAGGUGAACAUUAUUGCUGGAGCAUUAGAAUUACCGAAGAAAACUGUUGCAGAUGUAAUGACAAAAAUUGAAGAUGUAUAUAUGUUGGAUUAUAAUGCAGUUUUAGAUUUUGAAACAGUGUCAGAAAUUAUGAAAUCAGGUUUUUCUCGUAUACCAGUAUAUGAAGGUUCAAGGAUAAAUAUUGUGACAAUGCUUUAUAUUAAAGAUCUCGCAUUUGUUGAUCCAGAUGAUAAUAUGCCAUUAAAAACUUUAUGUCAAUUUUAUCAAAAUCCAUGCAACUUUAUUUUUGAAGACGUUACGCUAGACAUUAUGUUUAAACAAUUUAAAGAAGGUAAUAAAGGUCACAUGGCAUUUGUUCAAAGGGUUAAUAACGAAGGUGAAGGUGAUCCAUUCUAUGAAGUAAUAGGAUUGGUUACACUAGAGGAUGUUAUAGAAGAACUGAUUCAAGCUGAAAUUAUGGAUGAAACUGAUGUUUUUACGGAUAAUAAAACUAAACGCAGAAGACAAGCUAGACAUAAAAUACAAGAUUUUACUGUAUUUGCAGAGAAAAAAGAAAAUCAACGAAUUCAUAUAUCACCACAAUUAACAUUGGCCAUGUUUCAGUACUUGUCUACAACUGUAGAUGCUUUUAAGCCCGAUACAAUAUCAGAAACUAUUUUGCGUCGUUUACUUAAACAAGAUAUAAUUUAUCAUAUCAAAGUGAAAUCGCGGGAAAAAGCAAGAAAUGAUCCAGGAGCGGUAAUUUAUCAACAAGGAAAGGCAGUUGACUAUUUCGUUUUAAUCUUGGAAGGUCGAGUGGAAGUUACCGUUGGAAAAGAGAAUAUGAUGUUUGAAAGUGGUCCUUUUACUUGCUUUGGUUCUCAAGCACUUACUGUCAAUGUUGGAAUUGCCGAGUCGCCUACCAAUACAAAUCCUCAAACAGUGGGAAGCAUACAAUCGAUUAAUUUAGAUUCUAUGUUACGGUAUACAUUCGUUCCCGAUUAUACAGUACGAGCAGUAUCAGAAGUGUUUUAUGUAAAAGUUAAAAGAUCGCUAUAUUUGGCUGCAAAACGUGCUACACUUUUAGAAAGAAGUCAAAAAGAUUCGUUACCUGGUCAGGAACAAUUUGACGACGAAGUAGAAAAGUUAUUACAUUCGUUGGAUGAAGACGAUCGUAGUAUGCCUGAAUCUCCAAUAUUGCCCAUCGACAAAGAAAAGGAAAAUAAAAAGGAAAAAGAAAAAGAAAAAGAAAAAGAGAUAGAAAAAGAGAAAGAUGGUGUGCAAUCUCCUCUUCAUAGCGCAACCGCUCCAACUUCACCUGCUCCAGUCAGCGCUAGUCCAGUUACACAUUCAAAAUUCAUCUCAUCAUAUAGUGAUCAUAAUGGGAAACUCAAAAAUUCACCAAUGAUGAUAACCAGUCCUGGUCAAGCACAACCUAAAUUAGAAUUAAAUACCGAGAUUCUUGCUCGUCAAGAAAUAAACAGAGCAAUAUCAGCAAAGAAGUUAAUCGAAGAUGAAGAAAGAACGAAUCUUCUGCCUAAGCAAGAAGAUUCUUAACGUUCGGAGAAUAGUCGACGAUAUUUAAACGAGUCGACAUUAACUAUGCAGGUAUUAAACUACGAAGAGCAGGAAAAACCUCUAUGACAUACAAUGCUAUCAUGGCAUUAGGUACUUAACAAAUUACUUAAAUAUUUAUAACAAAACAAAUUAAUAGUUGAUCUUGUGUAUUUUAAGUUUUAAAGAUUUC